UGGUGCUGCGAGCCACCCCCUCUAGCGCAAGCUAAAAGUAUAGGUGCGGACUCUGAGCAGAGAUGGGUGACUGGAAGGGCUACAUUAGUGCGGUGCUGCGGGACCAGCGCAUCGACGACGUGGCCAUCGUGGGCCACUCGGACAACCGCUGUGUGUGGGCAUCACGGCCCGGGGGUCUGCUGGCGGCCAUCUCCCCGCAGGAGGUGGGUGUGCUCACUGGGCCAGACCGGCACACCUUUCUGCAAACCGGUCUGAGCGUGGCUGGCCGCCGCUGCUGCGUUAUACGUGACUACUUGCUGGCCGAGGGCGAAGGCGUACUGGAUGCACGCACCAAGGGGCUGGAUGGGCGAGCAAUUUGCGUGGGCCACACGCCGCGGGCACUCCUGGUGCUCAUGGGCAGACGAGGCGUGCAUGGAGGCAUCCUUAACAAGACAGUGCACGACCUGAUUGGUGGGCUGCGGGCACAGUGCUCCUAGUGGAACAACCAGGCUUCCCACGGUGGUAGGGGGACCAGAAUAAACUGUGAAUGGAGCGCUGUG